AGGAGGUUAUUACCUCCUAACCGUACUAUUAAAUAAUCCUAGACCCGGAGACAGCGGGGUCCAGGCCUGGGCGCUGGGGUUGGGGGGAGGCAGGAGGCCGGACGGUGCGCGCGCGCGCCCGAGUAUCGGGGCGGGAAGAGGGGACAGGGCGCGCGCUCCGGGCCCGCCCCCGCCCGAGGGUCUCCCCCUCCCCCGUCCCCCGGGAUUAGGAGCCGCCCUCCUUCCGGCCAGGCUCGCCGCCACGGCAGGCGACGCUAGGCCGCUCCCGGGCGACGGGCUCCGCGACAAGAUGGCGGACGAGAAAGAGAGGGAAGAGAUAAUAGUAGCAGAAUUUCACAAAAAAAUCAAAGAGGCAUUUGAAGUGUUUGACCACGAGUCGAAUAAUACAGUGGAUGUGAGAGAGAUUGGAACAAUUGUCAGGUCCUUAGGAUGCUGCCCUAGUGAAGGAGAGCUCCACGAUCUGAUCGCAGAGGUAGAGGAAGAAGAACCCACUGGAUACAUUCGAUAUGAAAAAUUUCUUCCAGUAAUGACCAAAGUACUACUGGAAAAAAGAUACAGACCAGUUUCAGAAGAUGUCAUUCUUCGAGCUUUUGAGGUUUUAGAUCCAGCUAAACGUGGGUUUCUUACUAAGGAAGAACUGAUCAAGUAUAUGACUGAAGAAGGUGAGCCUUUUUCUCAAGAGGAAAUGGAAGAAAUGUUGUCUGCUGCAAUUGACCCAGAAUCAAAUGUAAUUCAUUACAAGGACUAUAUAACAAUGAUGGUGGUAGAUGACAAUUAA